AUGUCAGAGAGCAUACAAUUUCAAAUUGAAUAUCAGGAAUUCCAAUUGAAACCUGAAAAUGAACUUAGGUUUGAAGUUGAAAAGAAAAAUGAAACAGUUGUAUUAGAAUUGAAAACUGGGUUUGCAGAAAUUUUUGGUGCAGAAUUAGUAAAAAGUAAAUUGUAUACAUUUUAUUUUGGAGCAAAAAUUGGGGUGUUUACAUGGCAAGGGUGUUCAUUAAAAUUACGAGGAAAAAAAGGAAUUAGUUAUAUAUCCAAAGAGACCCCAAUGUUGUCUUAUUUAAAUUGCCAUGCGACAUUACAACAACUACGAGUAAAAGCAGAAAAAGAAAAGAUAAGAGGUCCUGUUACAAUGGUGGUCGGACCGACUGAUGUGGGAGCAGUCAUGGUAGAAAGGCCAGCUGAAGUAAAUGGAAAUUUCUCCCAAGCAGCUCCACUAGUCUAUCAUUAUGGACAUACAAAAAUGGGUAUUAAUUCAACUUUGUACAACACUUUAAUAUCUCGUAUGGCCGAAGUUAUUCACCAACGGAUGGAUGGAAAUCCUAGAAUUAACUGUUCUGGAUUAAUAAUUAAUACGUGCGGUCCGGUAAAAGGUAAAGGUUACCAGAAUUUGACUCACAUUGCACUCACUUUUGAAGUUGAUGUUAUUCUUGUACUUGAUCAAGAACGAUUAUAUAAUGAACUAGUGAGAGAUAUGCCAGUAUUUGUCAAAGUGGUUCUUUUACCAAAAAGUAGAGGAGUAGUUGAAAAGAGUAAUAAGUUUAAAUUGGAAGGUAGAGCAGCACGUAUUCGAGAAUUCUUUUAUGGUAGUCCUAGGAAUGUACUUCAUCCACACACCUGCGUAGUAAGGUUUUCCAACAUAAAAGUAUAUAGAAUUAUACCACCCAUUCCAAAUGUAUUGAUGCCAUUAGAUAUGCAAAAAACUGAUUUUGAGACAAAACUUGAACGUGUUACUCCAGGGCCAAAUAUGAUGUAUCACGUGUUAGCUCUGAGUUUCAGUACAACGGUAGGAGAAGACAUUGUUAAGAAUAGUGUUAUUGGUUUUGUCUGUGUAACAAAUGUUGACACCUCACAACAAAUGUUAACUCUAUUGUCCCCUCAACCAAAACCUCUGCCUGAAAAAAUUUACCUCAUGUCAGAUGUACAGUUCAAUGACAACAAUGCUUGA